UUUUUUAUGCUUGUGGCCGCAUGCUGUAAUACCUGGCUAACGAGUGUGCUGUGUUUCUCUCUCUAAACGGCGGUAGAAAGAGAGGGAGGGGAGAUGAAACUUCCAUCACGUAUAUAAAAACAAGGGAAUUUCUAGGACGAAAUUGACAGCAGCUCAACCUCAGGAAAACCCAGAUUUAGGGCCUUUUUCUUCAGGCCUCUCUCUCUCUAUAAAGCCCUUUCUCUCUCUAUCUCUCCUCCGUUCUGAGGAUGUCUCUUUCUUCUUCUCUUACUCUUCCAUGCUUCAACUCCUCUUUCUCUCUCAAGAAGAGUGGGGGAUUGAGCAAAAGAAGCCGCUUUUCCUCUCUCUCUCCUCGUUCACUGCCGCCUCCCAUCAAGUUCUCUGGAAUCUUCAGUAACCCUGGGUUUCCAGUUCAUGGGGCAUCUGAGAGCAACAGAGUAUCGGUUCAAUGUUUUGCAGCAUUGAAUCCUGAGUUAACGUCUACUUUGGACAAAUUUGUUACAUCACACAAAGUGGUCCUAUUUAUGAAGGGGACCAAGGACUUCCCAAUGUGUGGAUUCUCCAACACAGUUGUGCAGAUAUUGAAGUCUUUGAAUGUACCCUUUGAAACUUUCAACAUUCUCGAGAAUGAAUUGUUGCGUCAAGGAUUGAAAGAGUACUCGAACUGGCCAACAUUUCCUCAGCUUUAUAUCGAUGGAGAAUUUUUUGGUGGUUGUGAUAUUACAGUUGAGGCAUAUAAAAAUGGGGAAUUGCAAGAGCUAUUGGAGAAAGCAAUGUGUUCAUGAUGAAUGAGUUGGCCAAGUUUUGUCAGUUCUUUUCGAACUGUUAAAAUAUGCAUGUUCUUAACCCGAGAAUUCCAUCCGUUAUUAUAGGCUUUGUAUAGAUUAUUCAUUUGCUAUAACUGUACUUGGCAUUAUAUUUGUAGGGGUGGGCUUCUCUUUGCUGUUGUAUAGUUUGAAUCUUCAUUUGUAUAAGCAUUUUAACUUGAACAGUUCUUUUCCUUUUUUAACUUGGAACCUACUUCCAUUCUCUUU